AUGGUUGAAGAUCAAAAUUCUUUAUACCCAAUAGCCCUUCUAAUAGAUGAACUAAAAAGUGACGACAUCUCAAGACGUAUAAACUCAGUCAAAAAUCUCCCUAUUAUUGCGAGUGCUCUUGGUUACGAAAGAACGCGAAAUGAAUUGAUCCCUUAUUUAUCUGAGCUUCUUGACGAUGAAGAGCUGGUCCUGUUACCACUUGCUGAAAUUCUCUCAGAAAUGGUGGAAUAUGUAGGUGGGAGAAACUUUGCUCAUAUUCUUUUUGAGCUAUUAGAGCAGCUUUCACAAGUCGAAGAUUCUUCAGUGAGAUCUGCAGCUUUGAAAAGCUUCAAAAUCAUAUUAGGGCAGAUUGAUACUUCUAAACUAGAAGGAUUAAUUAUAGGAGUUAUCAGAAAAAUGAGUGACGCUGAAUGAAUUUCCUCAAAAAGUGGAGCCGCUCAAUUAAUCCCUGCAGCAAUUCGAGGGAUGUCUCCUGAGUCCCAGAACAUUAUGCUUUCAAACUACAGAGAACUUUUAGGAAACCCCAACCCAUCUGUCAGAAAAUCAGCUGCAGAAGGGCUCAAAUUAUUGCCUAUCCUAGUCCACCCUUCCUUUGAAAACAAUUUAAAUGAAUUCUUAGGACUUGUAGCAACCGACAAAGAUGACACUGUCAGAAUACUCGCCGUUGACGACCUACUAUCAUUUUGCUGCAGGGCGACCCCUGCCAAGGUAAAUUCCACCUACAUCCCAGUGCUAAGAAUGCUUCUAGAAGACAAAAGCUGAAGAAUCAGGUAUUUACUCUGUGACAAAAUCGCUGAACUUUGCAAUAUUUUGCCUGCCGAGCACAAAGUGGGGCUUCUCUUGCCUUCCUUCGUGAAAUUUCUCCAAGACAAUGAAGGUGAAGUCAGGACUUCCGCGUGUCAAAGGCUCUGGGAUUUUUCAAAAUUUUUGACUGUAGACGAAAUCUCUAAUAAUAUUUUGCCUGUUUUAGCUCCACUUGCUAUAGACGUCGACUACGUAAAAGCGUCAUUCGCUACAAAUUUGACGAAACUUUCUUCAAUUAUAGGGAAACAAAACACAAAUCAAUAUAUAAUGUCACUCUUUUUAGACCUAUUAAGAGACCCUUCCCCAGAGAUUAGAAUUUGUUUAUUUAAUGAUUUAGAAGGGCUAAGUAAUGUAAUUGGAGCUGAAAGUCUAGCACAAAGCGUAAUGCCAGCGAUACAGGAGCUUAGUGAUGAUAAACAGUGGAGAAUAAGGAAAAAAAUUGCGGAAUGCAUACCAUUAUUGUGUAAGCAGCUAGGGCAGGAAUUUUUUGAGACACAUUUGAGCGGGGUCAUGAAAAAAUUAUAUGGCGAUACUGUGUAUUCAGUGAGGGAAGCUGCGAUUAAGGGGUAUAAAGAGAUUGCAGACUUGUUUAGGACGAGCUGGGUGGAGGAAAAACUGCUUGAUGAAAUUUUAGAAGGACAUAGCAGUGAGAGCCAUAUUAAAAGACUGUCGACCAUUUUUACAUUAUAUAAGAAAUAAUGAAUUUAGCUUAAGCUCAUGAUCAAUUUUUUUAUUUUUAAAUUAAAUUAAGAGGAUACACUAUAUCUACUGAUUUAAUAUAGAAUAAAAGCAAUUAUUGGGAAUAUUUCGCCUGAAAAAAUCAUAUCCACUAUAGUCCCAGUUUUAGUAAGACUAAGCUCAGAUGCCGUUCCGAACAUUAGAUUUAACUUGGCAAAACUAAUAAAAGAGAUUUCCCCAAUACUAAAAGAUGCAGGCACAAGAGAUCAAAUUAAAACUUCAUUGAGGAUGCUGAAUAAGGAUGAAGACAGAGAUGUAAGGUUCUUUACUGACCAAACUUUAAGGACUUUUGGGUAG